UGGUUCGAAUCAGCUCAGCCCACUCGCGCCGCCGGGUCCUUGUCGAGGUGGUCUCACAAGUCCGUAUUAAAAGCCUUUGUAAGCCCGAAAGCUGAAUGCACAAAUUGCAACCUCGACAUUACACUCGACAUUACACAACAAUAGCAUUCGUUACUCGAAAGCAGUCUAUUAUAUACUCUCAACGCCGCUCUAGAAAUCAUCACAACCCCGAAUACCGAAAAUGUCUUCAUCUGCACCCACCCCAACGCCGUCCUCGACUUCGAGUUGCGGCGUGCAGCUCUACAUCAUCCCGGUGAAGGACGCGGCGUGCGCCGUACCUGCAACGGGCAACAACACCGAAAUCAUGGGCUCGUGCUGUGGUGCCGCCGACAUAGUCUCUUACUAUGACGGAUGCGGACUCUACUGCCUCGCCGCGGGCCAGACCGUUGGCAGCCUUUCCGAUUGUAUACGCGAGAAGGGCACCUAUCCCGGGGAUAUCUUCUGUAACCAGAACGCCACGGCUACGGCUACCGAUACGGGGGCGCCUCUGCCCACCUCGGCCGGCGCUAGCAUCGUCGCCACUCCUAGCAGCGGCUCCACGCCGACCCAGAGCGACGGCGACAGCAGCCCGAGCUCCACUGAAUCUCCCGCCGCCGCCGCCGGCCUCCGAUCCGAAUACACUACCGUGACCACCCUAGGUUGUGCAAUCGCAGCCCUGCUCUUCUCCGCAACGGCCUUCGGCACCCUGCAGCUAUAGAUUAUUAAUAAAUGGAGUUGGAUGUUUUUCCCCCGGACAUAACUAAUGGGAGCGUCACGUAUAUACCCCAGGUUUACCUUGGGAUAUUAUAUUAUGGUCAAUAUUAUGUCAAAUACGAGUAGAGCUUUUUUCCUGUUUGGGAGACAUGCCUUGCUACCUUGUGCGAAUUUUGUCU